UUCCGUCCAUCACGAUGUCCAAAUUGAGCACUAUAUAACGAUGGAAAUGAAAUGUUACAAGACACACAAACAUUGCAAUUUGCAAACCUUAAUUAGAGAAAGAAAUUAAAAAUGAAGCUUGGUACCAUGUUUCAAAUCCUUCCACUGUGUUUCCUUUCUCUUUUAGUCCUCAACACACAGCCACUGCUAGCAGAUGAACCAGAGCCAGCAGUGGUUGAUAUGCAAGGGAAUCCUCUACUCCCCGGAGUGCAGUACUACGUUAGGCCGGUUUCCGCCGAGAAAGGAGGCCUCGCUCUCGGCCACACAAGGAAAAAGACAUGCCCUCUUGAUAUCAUCCUCGACCCUUCUUCCAUUAUUGGCUCACCAACCGUGUUCCACACAUCAUCCUCAUCAGACGUUGGCUACAUCCCAAUAAGCACUGAUCUCACUGUUGAGAUGCCGAUAUUAGGGAGCCCCUGCAAGGAGCCAAAAGUGUGGAGGCUCGCGAAGGUAGGAUCAGAUUUCUGGUUUGUGAGCACUCAGGGUGUCCCAGGGAACCUUGUUAGCAAGUUCAAGAUUGUGAGAUUUGAAGAAAGAGAUAAUCAUGCCAAUGAAGGUGAGAUCUAUAGCUUCAGUUUCUGCCCCUCUGUAUAUGGUGUUAUUUGUGCUCCUGUGGGGAUCUAUGUAGAUGAUGAUGGAACCCAAGUUAUGGCUGUUGGUGCUGGUGUUGGUAAGCCAUACCAUGUGAGGUUUCAAAAGGUUUCUUCCGCAUACCUUGAGUUGAAGAACCAAGAUUUUAGCGGUGUGUAAAUUUGGCAGUUUUUUGUUUUGUGGUGAGUCUAGCUGAAUGGACUCAAAAUUAAAUAAAAUGCUAGCCACCGCACAAUGGAGAACUACCAAAAUGAAUCAAUAAUACUUGAGUAAUAUGCUUAUCCAAAAAAAAACUUGAGUAAUAUAAUUCAGUAAA